AUGUUAGCAAGUCGGAGUGCGAUACAAAGAGGCGGUGUUAAUCAAAGAUCUCCAGACAAUCGUACUACCAGUUGUGCCUCCUAUGGAAAUUCCAACCCUACUUCUCGCGUCCAAGUCUCACCGAAUCUUCCUCCACCAGUUGUACCUCUUCUUCUUCCUCGAUGUCCGUUCAAACUAGCCACGUUCAAUGUGCGUACUCUGAUGCGUAUAGGAAAACAGGCGUAUUUAGCUCGUACCUUCGAGACCCUAGCCGUCGAUGUCGAAUUCAAGAUUCCAGCUCCACUAUCCGAUUGA